ACGAUUGUGCAGUGAUCAUGCGCUUCAUUAUGAAUUCUGGAAUAUAUUGAGGUUGUUAUUUACGUCCUAUUGAAGGUAUUGUAUAUUUCCUUCACAUUUUUUAAAACUGGAAAUAACCAACACAACGGUCGAGUUCGGUGACGAGAAAAAAAGGGGGAAAAACAGAAUAUUAUACAUUUCAAUAGCUACCUGCAACUGGUAAUUUCGCAAAAUGUUCUUUUCAUGGAGCCAUUUAGCAGAACUACUCAAAAUACUCACGCUCACCCUGGCAAACAGUGUCCACACAGAGCGUCACGAAUGGAGGAGCAUGGCGACCCCACCUGGCGAUUUAACAGAUGACACUGCGUGCAUCUUCUGCAUGGAUUCACAUCUGUGUCGGUGCUGAAUGAGCCUUUUUGGCACAAUACGCAGACGGCAUCAGCGCCUUCCCCGAAACCACAGUCCUGCCGGACAUGUAGGAAUCAAUUUAACGUCUCCAUUUGUAAAUGAAAAUGUCGUCUCUUCACCUUUGACAGCUCUUCGCCUGGUCCACAAAGAUGGCAGGGGAAACAAGUUCCAUUUGUAAGCAGGAAUUCUGUCUCGUCACAACCCAGUUCGGCCAGCACAAGAACGCAGAGCAGCUGCAGACAAUUCAGGGCCAUAUUCCGUGUCAGGACACUUUAUACGUGAAAAUAAUUUAACAUAAUAUUAUACAGAAACACUGUUUUAAGAGAAAACAGUAAGUGUGUGACAAAAGGUUUUAAAGAACUAUAAAGUAAAACACCCAACAUAAAAGAUUCUAUUAAUGGAAACAGAAUAAAAUUAACUGUGACAAAGCAGCAAGUCUUAUUACAGCAGAUACUUAAUUUACCGUACACAUUAAAAUGAAAUGGAUUUGCAAUAGGGAAUACAUUUACAUCAAGUAAUGUUUUGAUAAAGUAUUGGUCAAGAAAUAGUGACAUCAGACUCAAAAUCAUGAAAAUAACAUUGUAAAACAUAAUGCAGCUGCACAGCAGGCAGAAAACAAAGAAAGAAGGAAGGAUGAAAUCUGAACUCACCAUCGACAUGUUUACUAACAGAAAUGUUGCCGAUGACAUCACUGAGACUGGAUCAUCCAGAGAGGACGACAGUAACCUAAGUAAUGAUUUCAAGCAAAAUGAACUGGUCCGUGUGUUGCCGUCUUGCUGCUGCCUGGCUGGUUUGCUACCUCAAAGUCUGCCAGAUGUGAGAAUCUCCUCGGGAAUCCCCCCGGUCACCUUGAACUGUGACGUAAAAGGGGUUCCCAAACCCGAAAAAUAGAGCCGGUGGACCAAUGAAUCACGGCCAGGGGGCUUAUUUUGGGUCUUGCGUCACCACCUGGUCGUCUCAUAUUCCCUCCAGGGAACCUGCUAUUUUGGGUUUACCUCUGGUUCCCCAGACAGAGGGGCCAGGAGGGCGGGCAUUAGGAUGCAUGAAUGGGCCCCUUGUUGAGCAGCAGGUUUUUUUCUAAAAAGGCUUCUUGUGUUCAUGUGUGAAGCUUAUAAUGGGCGUAUGAUUCUAGCUGUAGUCAUGUGAUCACUUGAAAUGUCAAUAAUAUCAAUCGUAGUUUCGACGCAUUUUCAUGUAUUUUAAAAUACCAAGCUUGAAUGCACAUUGUUCUUAGAAAUUUGCCUGUCUAUUGGAACUCAGCAUGGCGUAGACCAACACUCUGUAUGCCCUGGAGAGUUUAUUCCAACAUGCACCACAGAACUCUUGUCUUUAAGGCAUCAUUCUUGCAUUUUAGGGUCUCCAUUUAGAGAGUACUUCAGAGGCCAGAACUGAAUUAUUUAUUUAUUAGUUGCUUCUGCUUAUAUUAUUUUAUUGAUUCAAUUUUAUUUUGGUUUAUUGUAUUUUAUUCAUGACAGCACUUUAAUCCAAAGCACUUUCCAAGUUGGUGGGAUCCCCACUGACCAUGGCAAUAAAGUUGUUUCUGAUUCUGAAGCAUCAACCCCAGAAACUGCCAUCGAUCGCCAACACUAAACUAGAUGUGAGAAACUCAAGUGACAUCAUAAGGCUGUAAACAAGAAAUUCAGUUAGUUUACAGAUGUUUACAAAUUGGAUUCCAAUAUUUGGUGCGGAGAAUAUUUACUGUGAGAUAGAUCAGACACGUGGGGAUGUUAGGGAGGCCUGACUCCAUUGGUUCGGACGCAUAGAGAGGAGAGAGAGGCAAACAUGUUGGACCAAGACUGUAAGGAAUGAGGACAGGUAAAGGAAAAAAAAACAGCCAAUGAGUUUCGUAGAUGCAGCAAACAAAGGCACAAAGGCAACCCCAGAUGGGAAGUACAGAUUUACUAUUAUUAUUAUUACAGCACUGUCAGUAUGAUAAGAGGCAGAAGAACAAUGGCGCUCUAUGUUCGGUGAGUUCUAUAGGAAGAACAGCUUCGCAGCUGGUCAAACAAACAUAACAGGCGUUCAUCAUAAGGAGUAAUUGGACUGUUUGACAAGUGAUCACUGCAGGAACAUUACAGAUGAUAAAACUUUAUUGCUUUCUUCAGCAUCAGAACACACUCCUAUAUGCAAAUGGAAAUGCAUAACUUUAAGUCAACAGUGACAGCCACCAAGCAAAUGAGCAAGACAACUAGAACAGUUGAACUUAAUAUUCUAACAGUGGUGGAGGAGAGUAUUAGUUUGCUACUGCCGUAUUCCCUUGUUUAUGUUCUUAAAACAAUUAUCUUUGAACAGGAUUAUGUAGUUUUCUGUGGUGAUCGCAAUAAUAACGCAGGCCUCAGCCAGGCUGUUCAUUACCCCCCAUGUUACGAUUUUCACCCAAUAUUAUUGCCCUGCAUUUAUUUUCACUCUACAAAUAGAUUGACUCUUUAGAUUAGGGAACAUAUUUUACCAUCAAUAAACUACUUAUUCAUAUUAUGUAUUCGUAUUACCAGAAUAUUAGCCUAUAAUUAAUCAGUAUAACGUACCAAUAAGUAUCUUGUUAAGAAUGAGUAUAUCAUACCCUGAUAUUUGCUUUAAACCACAUCAUAAUUACUGAUUUUUAAAUGUAAAUAAGCAAGUAAUUACCUUAUUAAUAGUUCAUACGUGUUCCCUGAUAUAAAGAGUAACAAUACUUGGAUACCUUUAUAGCAUUUCAAAUUUCUUUGACAUCAUUAACUUCAAUUGGACUGCAGGUGGCAGUGUUGUUUCGGAACGCACUGGGACGACACCAUCAAUGUGAAGAACUGGACUCUAGAUAGUAAAAUUCAAUAGAAUGGUGUCACCCAAUCGCUAGUGGAGCAACAACUCGGUAUAACUGAGUCAUUCAUGUACUGAGUGGAGAACCAAGAUUGUCAGUGUUACGACAACAAGAGGCGUCACCAAGUCAUAAGCUGUAUAUACUAGGCCAUUAUAGCUCAGCUUUCUUACUCUUACACUGACAGCUGAUAGUGUUCAGGCCAGUUUGACAGUAAUAUCAACAGUAUUUUCAAAAGCUCUGACAGGAUCAAGACCCAACGCUAUGAACAGUGUAUCGGUAUGUUCAUAUUAUGAUGAUGUGCUCUCCCUAAAGUCACAUCCUUAUCAUACAUUGCUGGGUUUAUUGUAGGUAAUGAGUAACCCUGGAACUGGGACAGGUGGGAGCGGAGGGGGAAAUAAAGUGACACUCGUGAGCACACUUGCUCUUUAGCCAGUUUUACAUGAGUGGGUAACAACAGAUUACAUCUCACUAACUUCAUCGGGAACAUUUAAAGAAGAGGAUGGUGGUAAGUAGCUUCUUAUGUUGGUUCUUUGUGGUGUCCAUUUUCUUUGUUCAUCUGGUCUGCUUCCUUUUCAGCUACCCAACAGCUGACUGGGGCAGAAUCCAGAUGUUAGUACUAUAGCCAUGAACCCUUCAAGAAGCCGGACCUUGUUUACACUCUGUCUUGGUCUACAGUUUUUCUUUUCUCUUCCAAAUUCAGCUGGAGGUAGUCGCGGCUUGUGGGGUGAGAAGGUGCAGUUCAAGGGUCAACCCUGCGUGUGGCAGCUACGGCCAGACAUAGUCGUUCCGACCCUCAAAGAGCUGAGUGUGUGCACGCUGAUACGGCUCAGUUCUGCCUCAAGAUGGACAGGUUUUGUCUAUAAAGCUCCAGCAGCUGUGGAAACAGAGCUCGGCUUUGGCGGCACAGAAGAAGAAAUGACAGUGUGGCUGUUGGGGCGACAGUGGGUCUUAAACAAGCUGAAGCUACAGGAGUGGACUUCUGUGUGUCUGACACGGUCAGCAGAGAAAGGAAGGUUCCGGGUCUAUAUCAAUGAAACCUUAGUGGUGGAAGAGUUCUUGAAUAGCACCCAGAGCAGACCUCUGACCCCAAACGGAACCCUGACUCUGGGGGCGUCUCAGACGGUGGACGCAAAGGGCCAAGUGCAGCCAGAAGAAGGGGAUCACUGGCUUGGGGAGAUUGGCUCAUUUCGGAUGUGGGCGAGAGAAUGGAGCGCAGAGGAGUUGAAGAGGAGGAGGUGUUCUGAUGGAGACGUGGUGGGAUGGGACGAGCAAGUGUGGUUGCACAACUGUCCGCCAGCACCUGAUGAUGACCUGCACUGUGCAGUGCAAUCCACAAACAUGUAUCUUACAGAAGCCAGAAAACAUCACAGUCGUCUGCCAGCAGCUUCCAAAAUGUCAACCAAAGUCAGUCGCUUGGGAGUUGGACCUGAUGCAUUCUUCCGAGUCGACUUGACAGUGAAUAUCACGGCUGACCCAACAGACGCGAGUGAAGUGAUCACACAGUGGUUGCAAGAAACACUGGAAGCCAACAGGACCAUGAAAGUUCUGAAUCUCAUCAUGAAGAAAGAAGGCAGGAGAUAUGAAUGCGCCUUCCAUGUCCGGGAAUAUAAAAUCAACACAGCGGACCAAGUGAUCACGGCUAUAAAAGCUGCAUUGAGAGGGAAGCAUUCAAGCAAUGACUUUGUUAUCGAAACACAGCAGAUAACGGUCCAACUCAUCGCGCCUCAUAACUGCUUUGAAGAAACUCUAUCGACGGUCUAUGGGGUGUAUAUAUGGGCGGAGACCUUCCCAGCUGACACUCAAGUGAUGGGGUGCACGAAACCCAAAUCAGAGCGGGCGUACAGACUCUGUGAGUUAAACAUAGAAACUGACCGAACCAGAUGGGCCACGCCGGAUAUGAGCGCUUGCACCCCGGUUAGGGAGAUAUCAGACAUCAAGAAUAUCACUGUCACCCCUGAUAACGCUGCAGAAGUGGUCGGCAUGAUUGAGGAUCUGGUGAAUGGCUCCACCCAGCUUGAUUCCACUGACCUGCAAACAGUGGUGGAGAAGCUGGAUGAAGUCGUGAACAUUGGCACCAUGAAGCCUGAUCUAGGCCGCAGCAUUGUGAAUAUCAUCAGCGACAUAUUGGUGUCUGAAACAGACGUCACUGCGGCGGCCCCUCAUGUCCUCAAUAUGACCGAGAACUUGGGGGACAGGAUGGAAUUCCAGGGUGAUUCUCUCAGUGUAACUGCUCCGACUUUGGCUCUGUCCAUGGUCAACACGGAUCGAGAAGGAUUCAAGGGCCUCACGUUCGGUGUCUCUUCUAUUUCAGCUGCGCUGAAGCCAGAGGUGUUUGUUGACCCCAGCUUUGUCAAUGAACCUGAAGCACACGCGACAAUCUUUCUCCCGAAUGAACUGAACACCUUCUUUCCCUCUGGAGAGGAAAACAAAAUACGGCUCCAGUUCCAGUUUUUCGGGACGUCUGACUUGUUUCAGGACGAAAGCAUGAUCAACAGCAGCUGGACGCUGAACUCAAGCAUCGUAUCUGCAAGUAUCAAUCAAACCAAAGUCCACAACCUGGACGACAAAGUUGUGGUGACUUUCCGUCAUCUGAAUCCCAAAUCGCUGCAUCACCGAGUUAAAUGUGUGUUCUGGGAUUUCCAGAUCAACGAGGGACACGGUGGCUGGAGCAGCCGUGGUUGUGUAACUCAGAGUGCCUCCUCCAACCAGACCAGCUGUCUAUGCGACCACCUGACCCACUUUGCUCUUCUGCUGGACGUGUCAAGGACGCCCAUCGGUGAGACUGACAGCUACAUCCUCACUAUUAUCUCGUACCUUGGCUGCGGUUUGUCUUCCAUCUUCCUGGGCAUCACUCUUGUCACCUACGUUGGUUUCCGAAAACUGAGAGGUGAUUAUCCGUCCAAAAUCCUCAUCAACCUCUCGGCGGCUCUGCUGGGCUUGAGCCUGGUCUUCCUCCUGGACGGCUGGCUCUCGUCCUUCUCCAACUACGGCCUCUGUAUCGUGACCGCCGCUUCUCUUCACUACUUCCUGUUGGCCUCCUUCACCUGGAUGGGACUGGAGGCUGUGCACAUGUACCUGGCUUUGGUCAAGGUCUUCAAUACCUACAUCCCGUGGUACCUUCUCAAGUUCUGCGCUGUUGGCUGGGGACUUCCUCUGCUUGUAGUCGUUCUGGUCCUGGCUAUAGACAUAGACGUGUAUGGCAGCGGUGUUCCUCAGGAGGCGGCAGUAGAUCUCCAGUCUCCUGACCCAUUCUGCUGGAUCCAGGACGACGUCUUCUUCUACGUGACCGUGGUGGCCUUCGUCCUCUUCAUCCUGCUGUGCAACUUUGCCGUCUUAAUCGUGGUUUUGGUCCAAAUCAGAAAGACGAACACCAACAAGUCGUCAACAAACAGCCGCACAAAUCUGCAGGAUUUGCGGGCCAUAGCCAGCCUCACGGUCCUGCUGGGACUCACCUGGGCCAUGGGAUUUCUCUCUUUUGGGCCAGGCAGAGUGGUCAUGAUGUACCUGUUUGCCAUCUUCAACACACUGCAGGGUUUCUUUGUGUUUCUGUUCCACUGUCUAAUGAAAGAGAAUGUGAGGAAGCAGUGGAAGACCCACCUGCGUUGUGGACGCCUCGGGGACCCUGACCACACAGAAUGGAGCCGCACUGUGACAGCGGGAAGUCGCACCAAGAUGAAAAAUAAUCUUGUUAGCUCUGAUUCAGCCGCUUCCAUAGAGACCUCCAACACCAGGAUCUCCGAGUCGUCUUCAGAACCGGCACCAAAACAGCAAAAGCAGGCGUGAACGGGCUCCAGAAAUGGAUUUAAACACAAGUCACAUCACAUCGCUGUUUUUAAAAAGGUUGACAAACACGUACUGUGGUUAACACAUGCAGCUUCUUCUCAGUUAACAUGCUUCCUCACGUACAACACACAGAAACUAUUUAUCAUUUUACUGUAAAGCUUGACAUCGUUUCCCAGACAAAAUCGCUCUUUUUUGACAUUAUGCUCAGGGAUAAUUUCUUAUCUGUAAUAUUGAUUUUCUCAUUGUAAAUGGUGAUAAUAAAAAAUAUAGCGCAAUAUCAGAGUGA